AUGAAGCAUCGGAGUGCAUUCUUCUUCUCGGCGCUGCCCGUCUUGGCACUGGUCUCGCUGGUGCUGGCGGUUGGCGUAUCGGGCGGUGAGCUUACCGACGCUCCAGAGGACCUCGGUGAAGGACUGCUGUUGACUACUGGUGCCGUCGGUGGCGUCACUACCUCUUCCGGGGUGGCGUCGGCCGUAUCUACGCCGUCACCGCAGCCCACUGUCGAAAACAGCCAGCCGGAUGUGUCGCCAUCAUCGUCGCCAUCUUCACCGUCGGCACCGUCACUGACACCGUUGGUGAACGUGCCGGCCCGGGACGUGUCAUCCACGCCACUCUCUACGUCCGUCCCGUCGUCGUCGUCGUCGUUUGGCCCCGAGACACUUUUGCCGUCGUCGUCAGUUCCGCCACCUUCAUCUUCAGCGGAAGUGGCGCCACUAAUGGCGUCAAGCACAAUUGUCUCUAGUGGCCAAACGGCCGUGCCACCGGCCCCGACCGUGCUGCCCUCUGGUGGCUCCGGCACGGAAGCAACAGCCCAAGACACGCCGGCGGAGCAACCGACGGAGGGCUCCGGUCCGGAAGCGACGGUUGUUGCGUCCGCAGUCCGCGACGACGGCGACGACGAGGACGAGGCGAAACCGAAACCGGCCGCCGACCUGGCGGAGCCGGAGAGUGAGACGCCGGUCUUCAGCUUCGGUAUCCGCCUGUUCACGGUGGAGGUCGUGACGGCAACGGAGCGCGCCAGCCAGGAGGAGCAGAUCGAGCCGACCAACGGAACCCAGGCGGAAAACGUUACCCUCCACGAAGUGGCGGGUGUUGAGCCGAGCCACGAGAGUACCCUUCAGAGUGCCACGGUACAGGACACGGUGACCACGACGACGACCGGUGCCCCGAUGGCACCGGUUGCUGUGGAUUCGGAACAGGUUGCUAGUGUCGAGCCGCAGGACGAGCUGGCAGUGGUUCCGGUGGCUCCGACCGGCAGCGGUCAACAGGCGGUGGUCACGGUCAACACCCAGGUAACGGCGGACGGCACCCGGCACGAACCAUCGGAGCCGCUGGAGUCGGACGGGCCCGAGGAUGGAUUCUCGAACGAGAUUCACGUCGAGCGCAACCUUAAGAACGGGCUGUACCGCAUCAAGAUCGCCGAGAUCACGACGGACGAGUUCGACAACGGGCUGCGGGAGCAUGACAACGAAGCGAUGCUACUGACGGACUCGAUGGGGGCCCGGCUACACCUGCCACCGUCGCAGGCCCUCCACAAGUCGGUGUACCCGAGUAAGAUCAACAUCGACGACUUCUAUCCGUCGAAGCUGGAGGACUUCAAGGAACAGCCGCUGCAGCGCCAGCAAUCCAACACCAUCCAGGAACCGGAAGCAGAGAAGGUGCUGCGCGAGAAGGCGAUACUGCGAAACGAGGACGCCGAGCGACUGUUCGAGUCCACCAUCGUGAAACCGUCCGACGUGCUGCCGGUCCUGACGACGACGGCCGAGGUGGACGAGAAGCUGGCCGAGGAAGCGCUGGCCGACGGUCUGGAGCGCCCAUCGAGCGUUGGCACGGUGACAAGCGCCAGCAGCGCCACGACGAGUGUUAGCAGCAGCAGCCCGGUGGUGAGCCCGUCCAGCAACGUGACCGGCCCGGACGGUGGCGACAUCUCGACGACCAAGAUUGAGAUCGAACUGAUCGAUGACACGUCGGAAACGUCGACCAGCGACGAGCGGGCCAGCAGCAAACCGACGACGGACAACAUCACCGAGCGGCUGGAGGAGAACGACGAGGUGAUUAGUCGCAUCGAGGAGAACUUUAAGGGCUUCCGGCCGUUCGAAGGCACCGUGGCCGGCGACGAUGACGACGAAUACCGGGACGCGAUGGCCGGGGUGCAGGCGGUGGCCACCGAGGAGGAACCGCGCAAGGACGACGAGGUGAUUACGAUCGCUAUCUCGUCGGUGACGUUCUCUUCCUCGCAGCAGGACACCACGCAGACGCCCGCCACAUCGCCCAGCGCGGUCCCCGAGGACCUCGGUGUGCCGGUCAGUGGCAGUGACAUCGUAAAGGCCGAUGGCUACGGUAAUCUGUUUAUCCCGCGGCGCGUGAAGAAGAACGAUCCGGCGACGGCGACGAAGCUGGCGCUGCUCGCUAAGACGCAGGCCCCGCUCCGGAAGAUCGAUUUUGCGGCCACCAAGUUCAACACGGACAACAGUGCUCCCGGAGGGGGUGCCGGUGGUGCGCAGGACCUGCUCGGGGCCGGCGGCAAGAAGGACAAGCCCGAGUUCUCGACCACCAAGUUCUACAACAGCAAGGAGCUGUACAGCGAGCUGCACCAUCAUCCGCAGCAGCCAGCGAACCGGACAGGGCCGGCCGCGGGACUGAAGCCGAAACCGGGUGCCGCCAUCCUGUCGGAGAAGGACAUCAUCAGCGCGAAGACCCUGUCGCGGCCGGCGGCCAACGCCGCGUCGGCCCAACCGGGUGGAUCCGCCGGCUACGGUCGGAAGUCGGCGAAACCGUUGGCCACGCUGGAGCUCAAGCAACACACGCUUAAGACGAACUUUGUGCUGAACGAGGACCCACUGGCCACCGUGAAGGCGCAGCAACCGACCACCGCGGACGGCCCAGCAGCGGAACCGCAGCGCAAGAUAAAGUCACUGGGAUCGGCCGCUUCGGCGAUCAUUGCGGCCACGGCGAAGCUGGCCAAACCGGUGCGCCCUUCAACGGCGGCGACCACGACCACGACCACCACCACAACGACGACGACGACAACCGGCAAGAGCAACCCGGUGGUGACCGUGACAUCGUCCGGCCCCGGCCAGGGAGCAGAAAACUUAAUUACACGCCCAACCGGAGCGCCCCUGUCACGGUUGCACGAGAAAAUUAAUACACUCGACUGUGAAAUCCAAACCAUCGCGCCGGACUCGAGCGUUUGGCGUGGCAACGAGACGCACGAACUGGAGCUUCCCGUCACGACGCCCGAAGAUUGUUCUGCCGGUUCGAGCUGCACACCGACCACGAUCUCGUGGGAAGGCACCGCCGACAUCCAGUCCGGUGACGUACUCAUAGUGGAAAUUGACGACCACCAUUUGAUCCCGUCCAACUACAACAAAUCCUCCGAAGGCGCCCAUCACACGACCGCCGCCGUUUAUCAAGUUACGCGGCUCGGCCACGAGAACUGCGACAUCACCGAGGGUGUCCUGCUCGACAUCACGCCGCUCGUGGCCGACGGCAAGAAGCUGGUCACCCUUUACGACAAGGAUCUGACGGAGGGAAUUAAUCUGCUAAUUGUCGUCUCGGAGCAGUGGGGCCAGCAGUGCGUCCGGCUGAAGGUGACCGUCAAGUCGGAUAAUUGUGGCGAAAAUGCUGACUGCUCCGGAAAGGGUGUGUGCUAUUCGAACAACUCCAUGGAAGGGUACGAGUGUCAGUGCUGCAGCGGGUUCGCCGGAACACACUGCGAGGAGAUUGAUGCCUGCAGCCCGUCGCCCUGCACCAACAACGGAAUCUGCGUCGAUCUGUCCCAGGGACACGAGGGCAACGCUUAUCAGUGUCUCUGCCCGUACGGCUACACCGGCAAAAACUGUCAGUUCGAGUCGGAUCCGUGCAAUCCUUCGCAGUGUCUGAACGGUGGUACCUGUGUCGGCAAUUCGACUCACUUCAGAUGCGAUUGCACCUCCGGCUACACCGGGCCCCUCUGUCAGCACAAUCUGAACGAGUGCGAGUCAUCACCGUGCGUGCACGGCAUCUGCGUCGACCAGGAGGACGGAUUCCGAUGCUUCUGCCAGCCAGGUUUCUCCGGUGAGCUGUGCAACUUCGAGUACAAUGAGUGCGAAUCGAACCCAUGCAUCAACGGGGGCCAGUGCAUCGACAACAUCGGAGGCUUCUCGUGCAAGUGCACCCGGGGCUACACCGGCAAGCGGUGUCACAUUAAGGUCGACUUCUGCGCCAACGAUCCCUGUCCGGAUGGGCACCGGUGCAUCGACCACGGCGAUGACUUCACCUGCGAGUGUCCCGGCGGCCGGAACGGACCGGAUUGCAAUCAAGUACCGAGAACGCUGUGCAACGUGAACCCGUGCGCUAAUGGAGGCACCUGCUGGACGACGGAGGAGUCCUUCUACUGUGCCUGCCGGCCAGGAUUUACGGGCAAAAUGUGCGAAGAAAACUUCGUCAUCGAUACGAUGGUGAGCUCGAGCGAGAUGCUAUCGGACACGCUGGCCAACCAGAACGGGCUGCGGGCCAUCAGCGGCAGCACGAUGUACGGAGCUGGCGGCGGCGGCGUCGGUGGCGAGGGCGACGGCGAAGGCGACGGCGGAGUGACCCACACCGGCACCGGCAAACAGCACAGCAGCGCCAUCGAGCUACACAACGCGUACAUUGCGGCCGGCACGCUCGCCACCGCCAUUUUGAUCGUGGCCAUCGUGGUAACCGCCUGUCACUGCAAGGUACACCAGAGCUACCGACACUUCGCGACCAAGCACCGCCAGCUGAUACCGGUGUUUGGGCGCCGCUCGAAACCGGCCAACGGCACCAACCGCCACUGGCUGAGCGGCAAGGGCCAACAGCACCACCAGAGCCACACCAACCCCAACUACCAUUACGCGGCGCACCAGGGACUCCAGCCCCACUCGUACGCCGGCCUGCAGCCGGAGCGGAUGAUCACCAAGCCGCUGCCGAUGAACCUGGAGAACGACAUGUACUACACCGUGGACUUUGGCGACUCACAGAACGCCCCGUUGAUACAGUAA